AUGAUCAAAAGAUGGAACGAGAAUGCUAAUCUUAUCACGUGUCACUACUCCAAGAGAGACAAGGGCAGUGUGGUACGUGAAGCUGUGGAUUAUGUGAAACGACUUAAAGAACGAGUGAAAGAGCUGGAAAAUCAAAAGAGAGAGAAUACGAAUUCAAGAAGCCUCACCAAGAAACCAACAAGUGUGGAAGAAGAACUUCCAGAAAUGAAGAUUUCCGUUUCAGACAGGGAAGUGCUUAUAGGAAUUUUUUGUCACAAUCCAAACAAUACUUUAGUCAAAGUGUUGUCGUUGCUCGAUAAUCUUCAUCUUUCUACGAGAUGUUCUAGUGUGUUGCCAUUUGGAACUUCAACAUUUAAGGUCACUAUAAUUGCUAAGAUGAAUGACGAAUAUAGCAUGACCAUCGAUGACCUAAUAAAAGAAGUUGGAGGACGCUUAUUGAGUUUGAAGUCACAGAAGGUGGUAAAGUGA